AGGAAGACACAGGCGCCGCCGCAGCAUGUCUGCAGAGCUGGAGCUGCCUUUCCGGCUGGACGGCCAGCUGACGGAGGUGAUGCGCCUGCGGGUUCAGUCCCUGCAGCAGCGCAGCCAGAAGAGGCAGGAGGGCGAGCGGCUGCUGCGGCCCGACGAGGCCGUGUACCGGCUGGACUUCCCCAAGCAGUCGCUCUCCUUCUCGCGCUGGACGGUGAGGCUGGCGCAGCCGGGCCGCCUCACCGUCACGGCCACCUCGCAGCUCUGGACCCCGGACCUCACCCACCUGAUGACGCGGCAGCUGCUGGAGCCCGUCGGCGUGUUCUGGAGGGCGGCCGGCGACGCCUCGGAGCAGCGCGCCCAGUACUACGAGGCGGACGCGGCAGAGUUUGGCGAGAGGAUCGCAGAGCUGGCGAAGGUGAGGAAGGUGAUGUACUUCCUGUUUGCGUUUGCGGACGGCUGCAGUCCUGAAACCGUCGACUGCUCCAUCACCUUCGUGGACGUUUGAGGCGAAACCAAACCUGCUGCAAAACAAGCCCUGCAUGCAUGUCUGUGCGCUUUAACCUGCAGAAGCUGUCGCUGUUUUAGGCAAAGUUGUGGUUUUUGUUUGAUUAAUUCAGUCACAAGCUAGUCAGCUGACAUCUUCUAGCACACACUGCAAAAACAGAACUAAAAAUAAGAUGAAAUCUUCUUGAAAUAAGUGUAUUUGUAC